AUGGGGACUGCUACAUUCAUCCUCUUCCUCUGCGCCCUGGCCGCCAACGCUGUCUGCAAGACCAACUUUACACAGCCGCCGGCCAAUGGACCCAACGCCAACUACCAAGACAACCCGGUGUACCAGCAAGGCCAGAAGAUAGACGUACAGUGGAAGUCGGACCUUGACACCAUGGACCUCUUUGUUUUCCAGCAGUACCCAGCUGCCGGGAAGGGAGUUCAGUUUCUCAAGAAACUCCGCGAAGGCACCAGGUCGACCAGUCUCAUCUGGACCGUCAGCCUCGACGGGCUAAGCAGGAAUGUGCCCCGGGGAGAAAACGCCAUACUCUACUUUGCGGUGCUGCGCGCCAGGAGCCCAGACAGGGACGGCACGAGCCACUACUUCAACGUGAGCGUGCCCGACGCGGCCUCGACGACCGCACCCGCGACCCAGACAUCCGACGUGCCCACAAUGUCCACGACGACGCCGGCCGCGACGGACGUGCCGGAGAGUUCUGGAGAGAGCGGCCCGGGCCUGUCCAGGGGGGGUGUGGCCGGCGUGGCGGUCGGCAGCACAGUCGGCGGCCUCUUGCUCCUCGGCGGGAUGGGACUGCUGGCGUGGAGGAAGAUGCGGAGAGGCAGGCCGGCAGAGGACGCUGCAGUCUCGGACGCGAAGCCCCCGGAGCUGGCGGGCCCUGCUAUCCACGAAGCGCCUGCUGAGCAUCGGCCCCGUAGCACGCCUGUGUACGAGGCCCCGUAG